AUGUCACUAAACAUCACAGAUAUCGAUAUCGGGUCAUCUGACGCUCCAGGCCUUGCCCAUGGAUUGGACCGCGUGCUUUUCAACCCAGGAGUCUAUUACCUACAAGAUCCCCGCUCCCGAGUGUACAAUUUCGAUCCAUAUCUGCAAAAGAUCAUGCCCGCGAAGGAGUUCAACUACGGUGCACUGACCAAAUAUAUCGUCCCAUCAAAAGAUAUGACCUUAGCACAUCUUGCCAAAGAACGGAAUCUCCGAUACUACAGCUCCAGCUCGAACAUGACCUCGAUUCUCGAACACCUUCAUUUCUUGCUGUCCCAAUGGCGCGAACUCAACUUCUCCAUGCUUUCCAAGAAGUUCGAAACCACCAGCAAAAAGUUCUCCAAGUUCUCGCGCGGUCCGACGACGGUGUUUCUCCGAUGGAAGAACGGCGUCUACGCCGUGGAUAAGUCAAAAGAUGGCCAGACUCCGAACAUCUUCGGUCUCCUGGGUCACUCGCUGGAGAAACUCCUUGUCCUCCCCGCCGACGACUACGAAACCUACCGAAGGACCAGCCCCGCACUGUCGAAAGGCGUCGACGAGGUGCCUGAAGGCUACCAUUUCAGUUCGAGCGAUAAGAUCUUGCUCCGCUCGCAGCUCGACGCGAAAGACCCGCGCAUGCCGGGCACCGGCGUCUUCGACCUGAAAACCCGCGCGGUGCUGUCCCUCCGCCACGCCCCCAGCGAGAAAUUCGAGGAUUAUCUGGGGUACGAGCUGCGGCAGAGCCAGGGGAACUGGAUGUCAUACGAGCGCGAAUUCCACGACAUGAUGCGCGCCACGAUGCUGAAAUAUUCGCUUCAGGUCCGCAUCGGACGGAUGGAUGGCAUCUUCGUUGCAUAUCAUAAUGUCGAGCGGCUCUUUGGGUUCCAGUACGUCAGCCUAGCGGAGAUGGAUGAGGCUAUUCACGGGCAGCAGGACCCGUCGCUUGGGGACCAGGAGUUUGGGAUGAGUCUAAAGGUCGUCGAUGACAUUUUCGACAAGGCGACGGCUCGAUUCCCGGAGCAAUCCAUUCGCCUGAGCUUUGAAACACGAGAGGGCGUCGUUCCUUUCAUGUAUGCAUUCGCGGAGCCAGUCUCCGAAACCGAGAUCGAGGAGAUCCAAGGCGCUUCAGACCAACGGCAACGGGAAUAUGAGGCGUCUUUGUUCGGCGAGGAUGUCGACAGCGAAAAGAGCAUCGACGAAAACGAAUGGGCCAAGAUUCGGGAUUCCAUUGAGGAUGCGUUGGAGCAGGAACAAGGAAGUGACGAAGUCACCGAAGAGCCGACUGUGUCAGAUGAGGCUCCAAACGAUGUGCUGGAGGAGGAUGUUCACCAGGUCGCACCCAACGCAAAACGUGGAAAGAAGACGUCUUCUCCCGAACAGCAGGCGGAGACGCCGUUACUAGGAUUCACGGUGACCGUCCGAAACCUCGUCAACGGCUUCCAAGUCGACCGACCGGUCGACCUCGCCCCCGAAGACUCCUGGAAAGUCGAAUACGCCAUCACAGAACUCAAGGAGUCCUCCGCCCGACGCUACUACGCCCUGCUGACGGCCCGGCGGCAGGCGUUGACGCGGGGCAGCGUGGACCGGCAGGAGGACCGGUUCUGGUUCCGGCACAUCCGCCACUACGUGGAGGAGAGCAAGAAGUGGCGGCGGGCGCAGGAUCGGAUUGAUGAUCGGAAGGGGACGGUUGUGUUUAGGCCGACGCAUCCGAAUGUGUCGGCGCAUACGUUGCAGGAAUUGGGGAAGGCGAGGGAGGAUAGUGUGGAUUCCUAUAUGGCGUGGCUGUAUGGGGAGAAGAGCUGA